AUGGCUAUCGUGGAUGCCCAAGACCGCAAGGACCAGGCAGCGCCUUCACCAGGCUUGCCCGAUUAUGUUACCUCCCCAAACGCUGUUUUCGGUGACGAAGGUGUUCAAUGGAGAUAUGGUAGAGCCCCGGACUACACAAAAACGCGGAAAGUUUGGAGAGAAGGCAAGAAGAUGAGCCAUGCAGCAGGUAGCCUACCAGAAUUGGUGGAAAACCUUGUCAAGAACUGGGAAGUUGAGGCCUCAUUCAAAACACGGCUCGAGGACUGGCGGACAGUUGAUCACGCCAACUACACGUUUUCAGUUAAUGGCGGACCACCGCAAUCGGGUGAGCACAUGCUCAAGGUGGGCACUUACAACGCCGUUAUUACGCCCAAUGAAUACUACAGCCCCGAUUAUUCCGACUUUGCGUCUAGCCAUAAGACCUUCAAGCGGAUGAUGCCCACUUUCGCCUGGGAAGUUCUCGAGGUUUACAGUGGUCCCCCCUGUGUUGCCUUCAAAUGGCGUCAUUGGGGUGUCAUGAAGUCAGAUUACGUAGGAUUCAACAACAAGGGCGAAAAGGUGACUGCGAAGGCUCAUGGGGGCCCCAUCGACAUUCAGGGGUUGACAGUGGCUCGGGUUGACGAUAAUCUUCGUCUGCAAGCUGUUGACACGUGGUUUGACUCCCUGCAGAUGUUCCAGCAGAUUGCACCCCAGGGCGUUGUUAAGAAGGAGCCUACUGUUAAGAACCUUGAUCCUGAGGCACAGCUUGAUGCAUCUGUGGGAAAUGAAGUAAAGAUGUCUCCCCAGGAGCUCAGUGAGUUACACAGUGGCUCUUUGAGUGGAAACACGUCUGGAGGGUGUCCUAUGAUGAAUAGAGAAUAG